AUGAUGUGGAUUUUAUGUACAAAGUCAGUGGUUGGUUAUCUGGUGCCUUCAUUCAAGUCCUUUCGUUAUUUAUCGUCGUCAAUUCCUACCAAAAAUGUUGUCCUAUUUUCACAAUCCAUCAAGAUUGAUGGCUGUGAAGAUAAACCAGACGAUAAUCUGCUAAAAUACGUCAGUAAAUCAACAGCCAAAACGGACGCAGCUUCACAGUUUCAUGAAGGAUCUAAAGAACGACGGCAAAGACUGCAUGCUGCCUUGAGUGAAAUUGGAAUCCCGGUCGACUCCUUGGUGGAGAGUCCAGAGUUUAAGGGAUCUGCAGCCAUUCGAACCUACAAUAGCUUCAUUUUACCAAAAUCGGAAGGUGCUUUGGCCAUGACAAUGCAACCACAACGAGCAUCUGUCGUUGCAAACAACAUUUCUUUCCUCAUGCGGGAACAUCGGUCGCAUCAAGAAGAGUGGCUACGUAACCAUGAUCGAUCCCUCCAAGAAGCUGCCGAACUCCAAGAGCAACGACAAUCUUCAGCACCCAAAAUGAUUCUUCUUUUAGAUGAUGUUCGAUCGGCACACAAUGUAGGAAAUAUCAUUCGGGCGGCCGAGGCAUCCGGUUGCGAAAAGGUCAUUAUGUGUGGGUCCAUGACACCUUCGCCACCUCAUCCCAAAGUCCUCAAGACUGCACUAGGUGCAGCGGAGUAUGUCCCUUACCAAUCAUCCAUAUCGACCCUCCAGGCAAUACGCGACUUGAAGGCAAAUGGCUAUCAAAUCUUUGGGAUCGAAACCACUUCCAGGUCCAAGAUGCUUUGGCAAGUUUCCUUUUUUGAGCAACUUGCUGGAGAAGCAAACCCAGGCAAAGAGACACAGAACGGCAAGGUGGCACUCGUCUUUGGUAAUGAAUUGGUGGGAGUGGACGUCAAAGUUUUGGAAGAGUGCAACGAGCUGGUAUCUGUCCCAACUCAUGGGAUCAAGAACAGUUUGAACGUAGCAACCUGUGCUUCCAUUAUUGUUUGGGAAGUCUUGCGACAAUGGGAUGCUAUCGAACUCAAGACAAAGGAGGCAUAA